AUGCGCAGCUUUGUCUUUCUCCUCGUGGUUAUCGUUAACGGCGUCCUCUCGGCACCUUCCCCAAUAGAUGAAUUGGAGUCCAAGUCGAGCAUUUCUGCUCAGAGAAGCAGCAAUACUAAUGGUGUGCUCCAAGUAGGCGACCACGUCCAUGUUCCAGAGGAAGAGCGAGAAUUAGCGCUAAAUAUCAAAAGCGAUAUGGUGGCUAUGCCAGAAGUCAAGGCGGCUAUGUCGGAAGUGAAGGUUGUUCCAGCAAGCAUCGGGGCUCGACUGAAGGCUGGUUUACAAAGAUGGAUCGCGAAAAUCAAAUUUCUUUGGAAAACGCGCUACCUUAUACGUCGCGAUACAAAGAAGCCACUUUUGAUGGGAUACACACCUGGCUACAUGGCGUCUCUUCUUAGAAAGAUUGAUCCUGGUCUUUCAGGAAUGAAAGUGUUGUCAGAUAAAGGUCAAGUGAAAGAGCAUAUCGCUUAUAAGAAUUUUGUCAGCUUCGACAAAGAAUAUAAAGACUUGCUUAAUUUUGAAGGUGGAAUGGAGCAGUCGAUUGAAAGACUCGACAACUUGAGAACGAAGGAGAUGGAAUUGUCAUGGAUCGAUCGCCGUCGCUUUCAAAGUGUAAUGAAUAAAACAAGGCGUAUUCUCGAGAAAGGUCUUCCCGCUGAAAAACUGCUUGAUCUGAACAUAUUUGAGGUGGGUGGAGGAGAAAACUGGCGAUAUACCACGCACUCAAAAAUUGUAUGA